AUGGUAUUAGGAUGGCGAAGAGCGUUUUGUACUUCAAUUCCAAGAGAUCAAGAAAGAGAUUCACCAAUCGUCAAAGACAAAUCGGACACCAAUCCUUCAACGCCGCGCCUCCAAUCUCAACCUGUUUCUAGCCCCAGUCUCAGAUGUAGAACCACCGCCUCCGCUCCACAAAGCCCAAAACUUCAAUGUAAAACCAAAAACAGCCCCAGAUUCUUCCACCGCUCUACGCCAUCUUCCCCUCGAUCCCCAUCCACCAUUUCUCUACUCAAAUCCACCCUCCGUAUCUCAAAGAAUAGGUGUGGAAUAUGCUUACAGAACGUCAAGACAGGACAAGGCACGGCUAUUUUUACGGCGGAGUGCUCCCACAGCUUCCACUUCCCGUGCAUCGCGGUGCAUGUCAAGAAGCAAGCCUCCCUCACGUGCCCUGUCUGCAGCUCCAAAUGGAAGGAGCUGCAUCUUUUAUCCACUCCCCAAACUGAUAAACACCUAGACCACAAGAGAGAAAUCGCUAGAGAUGCAAUCUCCAAGAGCGAUAAAAGAGGCGUCUUCAAAGUUUACAAUGAUGACGAGCCACUAGCGUCGCCCACUUCUGGAGCCAGAUUCAAUCCAAUACCCGAAACCGAUGAAACGGAGGAGGAAAAUGAGGAAUUUCCGGGGUUUUUUGUAAAUGGGAAUACUUAUAAUCCUAACAGUCCGGAAUUGAAGCUGAAGAAUGUUGAGGUAGCGUUGUUGCCGGAGACCGCGGUGGUGUCGGUGGGUAGGAGCAGCGAGACCUACGCUUUGGUUUUGAAGAUCAAAGCUCCGUCGGCCUCUACAAAGAAUGUGAAGAGAGCUCCGAUUGAUUUGGUGACAGUCCUCAAUGUCAGCAGUAGUGUGACCACAGAAAAACUGCUUAUGAUGAAAAGAACUAUGAGAUUGGUGGUCUCAUCUCUCUCCCCGGCGGACCGGUUGUCGAUUGUGGCAUUUUCUACUACCUCGAAGCGGUUGCUGCCGCUUCGUAGAAUGACCACCGGUGGCAGAAGAUCGGCCAGAAGGAUUAUUGACGCCGUCGUUGCACUUGAUGGAGCAGCUGCGACUCCAACGGAUGCAUUGAAAAAAGCGGCCAAAGUUAUCGAAGACCGCCGUGAGAAAAACCCAUCAGCCAGCAUCAUGCUUUUCUCCGACGGCCAUAGUAGUGGCCCAUUAGUGUCAUCUACGCGCUUCUCUCCCGCUGAAAUUCCGAUUCAUUCGGUCAGCCUGAGCGCGUGUUUGAAUGCGCCAACGGAUGAUACUGUUGCCAAAUGCAUUGGGAGUUUAUUAAGCGUGGUCAUUCAAGAUCUUAAAAUCCAGUUGGGAUUCAUUUCCGGUUCAGCUCCAGCGAACAUAACGGCGAUCUACUCACAUACAGCUCGCCCCGCUUACCUCGGAUCCGGGUCAAGCGGAACCCGGAUCGGCGAUUUAUAUUCUAAAGAAGAUAGAGAAUUAUUGAUAGAAUUGAAUGUCCCAUCAUCAUAUAGUAGGGCCCACCACCUACUGUCCGUUCGAUGCUAUUACAAAGACCCGUCAACUCAAGAGCCCAUAUACGACAAAGAACAAGCGCUCAUGAUUCCCCGCCCACGCGCCGUCGGAUCCUCCACUCGCGAAAUCCAACGGUUGAAAUGCCUCUUUGUCACCACACGCGCAAUCGCUGAAAGCCGGAGACUUGUAGAGAGAAGUGACUUAACCGGCGCACACCAUAUGUUAGCUUCAGCUAGGGCUUUGAUGCUGCAAUCAGGUUCUGGUUCCGGUGAGGAGUUUGUACGCGGGUUGGAAGCGGAGCUGGCGGAUUUGAAUUGGAAGAGGCAGAAUCUGCAACAGCAUGUGCAAAAUGGGAGGAGGAAUACGAAUGAAAGGCAAGCCGCUUGCGUCGAGGACAAAGCCGAGCCGCUUACGCCAACAUCGGCUUGGAGGGCAGCUGAGAGACUGGCUAAAGUAGCCAUGAUGAGGAAGUCUUUGAAUAGAGUCAGCGAUUUACAUGGCUUUGAAAAUGCUAGAUUUUAA